AAACGUAUUUGAAAAAAAAACUAAGCUAUACACACAUUUUAAUUAAAGUAAACGCAAUAGAAGUGGUUGAAAAUUAAAAAAAAAAAACAAAAACUUAAUAACUUUGAAUAAUUGAAAACUUGGAAGUUAUACAAAGGUAAGAUACGUAGUCAUCAAAGAAGUGUCAAAUAAUCACAAAAAAGUCAGUCGAAAUGACUUCAACGUUAUGUAAAAUACAUGUCAACAACUCGACAGGUGUCUCGUUAAAUGAACGUUUCACCGCCAUGACAACGCAGCCUAAAGUAACGGUUGCCGGUCGCAGUCGUGGUAGCAGCAUGGAACGCUCCACUCGUAUACGAGUACCCAAUGCAGCAACGCCUGCUAAUCAACGUCUUUUAGCAGAACUACAUAGGAAACACAAACUACAAGCAGCCAUGAAACUGAAGCGUAGAAGUAUGCGCACCGUCGGCGGAGGUUCAGGAGGAUCAUAUGGAAGAAUUAAACGGGGCAGUGUUAAAGCCUUGCGCGUUGGAGCCAAUGGAAAGCCCAUCAGGACAAAUAGCUUGUCCAAUAUUGCAACCAUGAAUGCUGAUCGUGAAAUCUUAAAGAGACGGAACACUACACCCUUGCGUCGUUCGAAUUCAUCGGGCAAUUUAGCCAAUCGUUUGGGACCCCGACGUCCCGUAGUUGGAGGUGCUGCUCAACGUAUAGCCCGCAGGCGCAUGGAUAGACAACGCGGUGGCGCUCUUGAGCGAGGUGGCAGAUCCUUGACAAACGGCAAUCGUAGUCGAUCUCGUAAUCGCUCCACUGCACCACCAGUUCAAGGAAAUGGUGUUAGGGGACGUUCUCGAUCCCGAUCUCGUCAAAAUGUGGCAAAUGCUGUUCCUCGUGGACGUUCCAGAAGUCGCAGCCGUCUUCCAGUCCGUUCUCGCAGCCGUAAUAGGGGGCGCGAAGGAGCACCAGCAAAAUCCUCCUUACCCAUUAAAGCUCGUUUGGGCGUGCGCCCUGGUCCAAAUGCAAAAUCGACAGCUAACAAUAGAAACGGGAAUAGAAACGGCAAUAGAAACAACAGAAGGCGCAGUGUCAGUAUUGGUAGUCGUGGAAUACAAGCGGGUCGUGUUCAAAAACGACGAAACUCAGCACCUCAAAAUGCGACAAACCGAGUAAAAACUGGAAAUAACAAUCGUCCACGAUCAAGAUCUGCCACUCGCAAUGCCAAUGGAAUACAACAACGCCCACGUUCACGUUCUCGUUCCCGUUCUCGAACACGCAAGGGUCAGGUAGGUCAGCAAGGUGGUCCAGGCCAAGUGCAACAAAAACGUGGUCGCGGCCAAACACAGCAAAGAAGAAGCGUCCCGACUCAACAAAGAGGUCGUGGCGGCACAAUGCAGCAAAGAGGUCGUGUCGGCCAAAUGCAGCAAAGACGCGGUGGACAAGCGCAACAGAGAGGGCGUAGUCAGCAAAGGCGUGGCGGAAGUGCCAAUAAAGCUCAAAAAGGUAGUAACAACCCCAAAGCAAAUAGCCAACCAAGACGUGGACGUAGUCGCAGCCGAACUGGUGGACGCGGAGGUCCACGCGCCCAAGGAAAAUCCACAAAAGAGGCCGUUAACAAAGAUGACCUCGACAAGGAGCUGGAUCAAUACAUGGCCACAACCAAGACUGAAAAUGAUAUGGAUUUCUUGUUAAAAAAUUAAUGGAUUCAAAAGCUCCUUGGAGAUAAUAUCAACGUUAUUUUUGGAUAACCUCUUUUAACGUCCUUAGAUUUUAACUUAAACUAGCAUUAAAUCUAUGUAGUUCUUACGUAAUCCUUUUAAAGCAACUUAACUUUAAGCCAUCAUCUUUUGUACUCUAACUCAUAUGUCACUUAAAUAUUCUCAGUUGUUGUCCCUUUCCCUUAGCUACUGUAAAUACACAUGGACAACAAUUUUUCUGUUUGUAGUUUAGUAACGCCAAUGUGGUGAAUGUUUUAAAUCAAUAUAUUUAAAUGUCAUCCGCAGCACACUAGACAUAGAUAUUACUUACUAUACCACACAACGCAAAUGUAUUUGAAUACAUACAAAUGUAUUAAAUAAACAAAUCAACAAUCACAUGUUCCAAAAUAAAA